CAGGAUAAUCCUUCCCAUCCCUCUCCCCUGCCACCCCUCCUACCCAAGCCAACUCAUUUCCUUUUCCUCCCCAACACCAACACACUGACCGGCACAGGCUGAGCAGCCAGACCUACAGUAACUGACCGUGGGCCCAGCUCGUCCUAGCUGGCCUGGUCAGCCUCCGGAGUAUGGUCUGGCUGGGGCCCCCUUUGCUGCUCCCCAUCCUCUUCCUGGCUUCUCAUGUUGGCGCGUCUGUGGACUUGACGCUGCUGGCCGACCUGCGCCUCACCGAGCCUCAGCGUUUCUUCCUGACCUGCGUGUCCGGGGAGGCCGGGGCGGGCAGGGGCUCAGACGCGUGGGGCGCCCCGCUGCUGCUGGAGAAGGACGACCGCAUCGUGCGCACACCCCGGCCCUGGCAGCCCCCACACCUGGCCCGCAACGGCUCGCACCAGGUCACGCUGCGCGGCUUCUCGCAGCCCUCCGACCUCGUGGGCGUCUUCUCCUGCGUGGGCGGCGCGGGCGCGCGGCGCACGCGGGUCGUCUACGUGCACAACAACCCCGGAGCCCACCUGCACCCGGACAAGGUCACACACACGGUGAACAAAGGCGACACAGCCCUGCUGGCCGCACGUGUGCGCAAGGAGAAGCAGAUGGAUGUGAUCUGGAAGAGCAACGGAUCCUACUUCUCUACCCUGGACUGGCAUGAGGCCCAGGAUGGGCAGUUCCUGCUGCGGUUCUCAGAUGUGCAGCCACCAUCGAGUGGCAUCUACAGUGCUACCUACCUGGAAGCCAGCCCACUGGGCAGUGCCUUCUUUCGGCUCAUCGUGCGGGGCUGUGAGGCUGGGCGCUGGGGACCAGGCUGUACCAAGGAAUGCCCAGGCUGCCUGCAUGGAGGUGUCUGCCAUGACCAGGACGGCGAGUGUGUGUGCCCCCCUGGAUUCACUGGGACCCGCUGUGAGCAGGCCUGCAGAGAGGGCCGUUUUGGGCAGAGCUGCCAAGAGCAGUGCCCAGGCACAUCAGGCUGCCGGGGCCUCACCUUCUGCCUCCCAGACCCCUAUGGCUGCUCUUGCGGGUCUGGCUGGAGAGGAAGCCAGUGCCAGGAAGCCUGUGCCCCUGGCCAUUUUGGGGCUGAUUGCCGCCUCCAGUGCCAGUGUCAGAAUGGCGGCACUUGUGACCGCUUCAGCGGCUGUGUCUGCCCCUCAGGGUGGCAUGGAGUGCACUGUGAGAAAUCAGACCGGAUCCCCCAGAUCCUUGAUGUGGCCUCAGAAUUGGAGUUCAACUUAGGGGCGAUGCCCCGAAUCAACUGUGCAGCCGCAGGGAACCCUUUCCCGGUCCGGGGCAGCGUGGAGCUCCGCAAGCCAGAUGGCACUGUCCUCCAGUCCACCAAGGCCAUUGUGGAGCCAGAUAGGACCACAGCCGAGUUCGAGGUGCCCCGCUUGACCCUUGGGGAUAGUGGGCUCUGGGAGUGCCGCGUGUCCACGUCUGGUGGCCAAGACAGCCGGCGCUUCAGGGUCAACGUCAAAGUGCCCCCAGUGGCCCAGACUGCUCCUCGGCUCCUGGCCAAGCAGAGCCGCCAGCUCGUGGUCUCCCCACUGGUCUCCUUCUCUGGGGAUGGACCCAUUGCCUCUGUUCGCCUGCACUACCGGCCCCAGGACAGCACCAUGGACUGGUCAGCCAUUGUGGUGGACCCCAGUGAGAAUGUGACCUUAAUGAACCUGAGGCCGAAGACGGCAUACAGUGUCCGUGUGCAGCUGAGCCGGCCAGGGGACGGUGGGGAGGGGGCCUGGGGCCCUCCCACCCUCAUGACCACAGACUGUCCUGAGCCCUUGUUGCAGCCAUGGCUGGAGGGCUGGCAUGUGGAGGGCCCUAACCGCUUGCGAGUGAGCUGGUCCUUACCCUCGGUGCCUGGGCCACUUGUGGGCGAUGGUUUCCUGCUGCGCCUGUGGGACGGGGCACGGGGACAGGAGCGGCGGGAGAACGUCUCGUCCCCCCAGGCCCGCACCGCCCUGCUGACCGGACUCACGCCUGGCACCCAUUACCAGCUGGAUGUGCAGCUCUACCACUGCACCCUCCUGGGCCCUGCCUCCCCCCCCGCACGCGUGCUUCUGCCCCCCAGCGGGCCCCCAGCCCCCCGACACCUCCAGGCUCAGGCCCUCUCAGACUCCGAGAUCCAGCUGACGUGGCAGCGCCCAGAGGCUCUGGCUGGGCCUAUAUCCAAGUACAUUGUGGAGGUGCAGGUGGCUGGGGGCUCCGGAGACCCACUGUGGAUGGAUGUGGACAGGCCUGAGGAGACAAGCACCGUCGUCCGUGGCCUCAAUGCCAGCACGCGCUACCUCUUCCGUGUGCGGGCCAGUGUCCAGGGACCCGGUGACUGGAGCGACAUGGUAGAAGAGUCCACCUUGGGCAACGGGCUGCAAAGUGAGGGCCCAGUCCAAGAGAUCCGGGCAGCUGAAGAGGGCCUGGAUAAACAGCUGGUCCUGGCUGCAGUGGGCUCGGUGUCUGCCACCUGCCUCACCAUCCUGGCUGCCCUCUUCACCCUGGUGUGCAUCCGCAGAAGCUGCCGGCAUCGCCGACGCACCUUCACCUACCAGUCAGGAUCGGGCGAGGAGACCAUCCUGCAGUUCAGCUCAGGCACCUUGACGCUGACCCGGCGACCAAAACCGCAGCCUGAGCCCCUGAGUUACCCGGUGCUGGAGUGGGAGGACAUCACCUUUGAGGACCUCAUCGGGGAGGGGAACUUCGGCCAGGUCAUCCGGGCCAUGAUCAAGAAGGAUGGGCUCAAGAUGAAUGCAGCCAUUAAGAUGCUGAAAGAGUAUGCCUCUGAAAAUGACCAUCGUGACUUUGCGGGAGAACUGGAAGUUCUGUGCAAAUUGGGGCAUCACCCCAACAUCAUCAACCUCUUGGGGGCCUGUGAGAACCGAGGUUAUUUGUAUAUCGCUAUUGAGUAUGCCCCUUACGGGAACCUGCUAGAUUUUCUCCGGAAGAGCCGGGUCCUGGAAACAGACCCAGCUUUUGCCCGAGAACAUGGAACAGCCUCCACCCUCAGCUCCCGGCAGCUGCUGCGUUUUGCCAGUGAUGCUGCCAAUGGCAUGCAGUACCUGAGUGAGAAGCAGUUCAUCCACAGGGACCUGGCUGCCCGAAAUGUGCUGGUUGGAGAGAACCUGGCCUCCAAGAUUGCAGACUUUGGCCUUUCUCGGGGCGAGGAGGUUUAUGUGAAGAAGACGAUGGGGCGUCUCCCCGUGCGCUGGAUGGCUAUUGAGUCUCUCAACUACAGCGUCUAUACCACCAAGAGUGACGUUUGGUCCUUUGGCGUCCUUCUCUGGGAGAUCGUGAGCCUUGGGGGCACACCCUACUGUGGCAUGACCUGUGCUGAACUCUAUGAGAAGCUGCCUCAGGGCUACCGCAUGGAGCAGCCUCGGAACUGUGAUGAUGAAGUAUACGAGCUGAUGCGUCAGUGCUGGCGGGACCGUCCAUAUGAGCGACCGCCCUUUGCCCAGAUCGCACUGCAGCUGGGCCGAAUGCUGGAAGCCAGGAAGGCCUAUGUGAACAUGUCGCUGUUUGAGAAUUUCACUUAUGCGGGCAUCGACGCUACAGCUGAGGAGGCCUGAGCUGCCGUCCAGCCAGAACCUGGCUCUGCUGGCCAGAGCAAACUCUGCUCUCCAAUCUGUGACUUCUGAUCCUUGUAGCCUCUGACCUGAGCUGCCUCAAGGAAGUGUUUUUAACUUAUGGAAGAAAAGAGGGGAUCCAGGGAUGGGGUGGGCUUAGGGGAGUUGGGUCCUCACCUUUUGCAGUUGCUCCCAUGCCUCCUGCAGUUACUCUGACAGCUACCCUUCACAUCGUUCCUUCUAGUCCAGCUGCUCCACAUAUGUGCUCCUCCUUCUGCAACCCACCCCCAAAACCUACCUCAGCUCCUCCACCCAAGCCAGCACCCAGCUACUCCCCACUCUUGUAAUCAGAAAAAAUAAAUGCUCUGAGAAGCUCCAUCCAAUGUCUACCUUUUACUGCUGGUCAAUCAAGGGGAAAAGCUGAACCAAAGAGGGAGAAACUGCACUUUCCAGGAGAAGAGAUGCUGUCCCUUAUUAUACUGUCAUAGGCCCAAGCCCUCUGUGGUGGUUGCCUCUCCAUGAUGGGAGAUGUUCUGGAAGACCCAUUUACACAUACACCACCCCUCACAUCUCUGUCAUAAUGAGAAGUCCAGUUUUCCCCUGGUCUCUCCCCUGCUCUCCAGCCUCCAUCACCAACAUGUCUCCCUAUAUCUCUAGGUGCUGCCAGCCUAGGAUUCUUUGCUCUGUCCAAACAGUCCAUGUCAGGAUCAGCUAUAGCCCAGCCUCAGGUCAAACUGAUACCUCGGCACCAGACAGAUUCUAACCUGUCUUGAGCUCCCACUUUUCCUUAGGUCUCUAGGCAGCCUUCUCUGGCUUGGUAGCCACCUUACUGCCCAGCUUGUGGACCCCAAAGGAGGAAGGCAGAGGUCACUCCAAACUUCAGCCAGC